AUGACAACCUCUAAAAAGCACCAAGACUUUGUAACAGAGCCCAUGGGGGAACAGCCAGUGGAGAACAUGGCUGGGACUGGUGAAAUCAUUGGCAAGAAGCUGGAGAAAAAGAGCUUUGACAAGGUCUGUGUGGUCCUUGGCCAGUUUCUGGUGCUGAAAAAAGAUGACCUCUUCUGGAAAUGGCUAAAGGACACAUGCGACAUCAAUGCAAAGUAG